CAGUGAAAGGGUGGGCAGGGAGGAGCAGGGGAGAGCUGAACAUGAUGGAGAACGAAUACCUCAAUGAGCCAAGAAGCUCCGAGGUGACAUUCUGGGGCCAGAGACCCAUGGAGAAAGGCCCUGGAGCCUUACAGAUGCAUUGUCCCAGGAGCAUAGCAGGCUGUCUGGCCCGAGUCACCCUUCCUCUGCUGCUGCUUCUUGUCUCUCUGGGUCUGAUCUUUGUGCUCCUGGUGGCCACCCAGGUGCAAGUUUACAGGAUCCAUGAAGCCCUGCAGAGGGAGAAGGGGGACCACCCAGGGAAUGCCAGUCUAGCAGUUCAGGAGAUGCAGGGGAUCCUCCAACAGCUCACCUGGCUGAAUGCCUCCCUGGCUGGCUUGUGCCGACCCUGCGCCUGGAACUGGGAAGUCUUCCGCAACAAUUGCUACUUCCUCUCCCAGACGCCGACAACAUGGGACACUGCUGCCUCCAAUUGUCAGGGCCUAGGGGCCCAGCUCGUGAUCAUCGACAGUGCCGACGAGCAGGAUUUCCUGAAGUUCUGGAGUACUGGGAAAUAUGAACGUACCUGGAUCGGUCUCACCGACGUCCACAGUGAGGGCAAGUGGCACUGGGUGGACAACACCCCGCUUAAGACCAGCUUCUGGAUAAAGGGCGAGCCCAACAACAUUGGGGAAGAGGACUGUGUGGAACUGUUAAAGGGGGGCUGGAACGACAGCCCGUGCAACACCAACAACUUCUGGAUCUGUGAGAAGCCCUCGACCUCCUGCUGGAUCCCCUAAGCGCCCCUGCACCCCCAGCCCACAGAGCCCUGGGGACUUGGGCACCUUGUUGCCACCCAGCCCCACUCUCUAAUAGUUUCCCCUUUGCUCAGUUCCCAUCCUCCUCCGGAGACCCCCUUCUCCUCUGAGACCUGCUCCCCAACUUCUCCACUGGCGGGAGAUUCCUGGCUGCAGUGAAAACUCAGUUUCCCCACAGCCCCCCUUGACGUCUCUGUAAUAAAGUCACCCCUGGCAUUUUGAGUCCCA